AUGACACUCUUCCACUCGAUUCUCUUCCUCUUCCUUCUCCUCCGUAUCUCCGCCGCAAAUCCUCUCCCGCCGUCGAACUACUUCAACUCCUUCUUGCCUUCCGAUGCCGUUGCGCUACUCUCUUUCAAAUCAACCGCUGAUCUCGACAACAAGCUUUUAUACUCCCUCACUGAGCCUUACGAUUACUGUCAAUGGCGCGGCGUCGAGUGCUCUCAGAAUCGCGUCGUUCGUCUCUUUCUCGACGGCGUCGGACUCCGAGGGAAUUUCUCCUCCGAGACUCUAACUCGUCUUGACAAGCUCCGUGUUCUUAGCUUGAAGGAUAACUCGCUCUCCGGUUCGAUUCCUGAUCUAUCUCAUCUCCUUGAUCUCAGAUCCCUAAUUCUAAGCCGGAAUGAUUUCUCCGGUACUAUCUCUCCGUCGAUUCUUUCACUCCGUCGUUUAGUCGUACUCGAUCUCUCGUACAACAACUUCUCCGGCUCGAUUCCGCCUGAGAUCAAUGCACUGAGUCGACUCAGUUCCUUAAAUCUCGAGCUUAACCAGUUCACUGGUACACUCCCGCCGCUAAAUCAAUCGUCUAUGAAGUGGUUUAACGUCUCCGGAAACAAUCUCACCGGUACGAUUCCGGUUACAGCGACUCUGUCGCGAUUCAACGAGUCUUCCUUCUCGUCUAACCCUGGGCUCUGCGGUGACAUGAUUGACAGAUCCUGUGGUUCAAGUUCUUCGUCUUUCUUCGAUUCAUCAAAUCCGAACGCCACGUCAGCAUCGCAAGCGCCUACUAGUCAAACGACUCCAAGCGCGGAGAUGCAGAACGGUACGAUUACUCCGCCGGCGAAUAAAAAGAGCAAAAGUGGAUGGUUAGUGCUCGGUUUCACCAUUGGCCUAGCGUCGCUUAUAUUCCUCGGUCUCUGCCUCUUCGUCUUCUCGCUGGUUUUGAAGAAACGGAGAGACGAUAACGACUUAGACGACGUGAUGAUGUUUCAACCGACUCGAAAAGGAGAAAGUACGUUCACGCAACCACCAACUGAAUCUCUAACCGCACGGGCCGUUCGAAACUCGAAUUCAAAUUUCAAAUCUCAGAAGCGCGAAGAGGAAAAAAGAGAUUUCAAAAUCCAAAUCCCAACGACGGAUCCUCAAAAGCGAAUCCCAAGGAGCGGAGAUCUGAUUUUCUGCGGCGAUGUCAACGGAGGAGGAAGUAGUGAAUCCGGAGAAGCAAUGUACUCGCUUGACCAGCUGAUGCGAGCUUCGGCGGAGCUUUUAGGAAGAGGAUCGGUAGGGACGACGUAUAAAGCGGUGCUGGUUAACCAGCUGAUCGUGACGGUGAAGAGAUUCGCUCCGUCGAAAACAGCGAGUGUUACCGAUUUGGAGUUCGAGAAUCACAUGGAGGUAGUUGGUAAACUCAGGCACCCGAAUCUCGUGCCGAUGAAAGCGCAUUUUCAGUCAAACGGAGAGAGACUUGUCAUCUACGAUUACCAACCUAACGGAAGUCUUUUCAGUCUUAUUCACGGUUCAAAAACAUCAAAGGCAAAGCCAUUACAUUGGACGUCAUGUUUAAAGAUAGCAGAAGAUGUAGCCCAAGCGCUACACUACAUCCACCAAUCAUCUGCACAGUUCCAUGGAAACCUAAAGUCCACAAACAUCCUCCUCGGUCACGAUUUCGAAGCUUGUCUCACGGAUUACUGUCUCAGUGUCUUGACAGACCCUUCUGUUCCCACUGACCCUGACAUUUCUUCAUACAAAGCGCCAGAGAUCAGGAAGUCAACGGACAGUCCUACAUCCAAAUGCGAUGUGUACUCGUUCGGUGUCUUCGUCUUAGAGCUGUUGACUGGUAAAUCGGCUUCAAGGCAACCGUUUAUGGAGGAAAAUGAUAUGUUGGAUUGGGUGAGAGCGAUGAGGCAAGAAGAUGAGAGGACAAAGGAAGAGAACGGGCUUGAAGUGAUGACUCAAACGGCUUGUCUUUGCCGUGUGACGUUGCCGGAGGAAAGGCCGACGAUGAAAGAAGUGAUCAAAAUGAUUCAAGACAUAAAGGAGAGUGUGGUGAUGAGUGACUGA